UUGGUACAGUCCAGGUGUAGGCGUGGCCAUUCACCACAUGAUUGUUUGAGUUGAGGAGGACAAACAUCUUGAAACCAGCAGAUUAAUGACCAGAGGAUCUACCCAAGCAAAUAUGUUUCCAAAUAACAUUGUUGUGCUCAGGAGAAAACAAAAAACUGCAGUGUGUGAGAGACUGAGGACGUGAGAGCUGAAAAGAUGGAGUGCUGGCACAGAUGAAGACUGUCCCUGGUCCUAUUUGACAGUCCACAUGAGCGUCUCCAAACCCCCACCGCCUCCCUCCACCUCUCACCUGGCCAUCCCCCCCUCCUCCACCUCCACCCCGUCGUCGUCGGCCUCCUCCCCGUCGGCGACGCCCCACUCCACCGCACUGCCCCCUCCCUCGCCGGUCAAGAUCUCUAUGCAGGAGCACUUUGCCAUCAACGUGUGCCCGGGCCCCAUCCUCCCUAUCCCACAGAUCUCAGACUUUUUCCCCCGUUUCCAUGACUACCCCUGCACGCCACCACCUCCAAGGGAGAAGAAGAUCCUGAAAGAAGAGACGUUCAACGGGGAGACGGGAGGGGGAUACAAGGAUGGGGAGAGGAGGGGGGACAAUGACGGAGACAGGGAGGAGCUGUUGGACUCUGAUGAUGACGACACCUACCUGGGCACGUUGGAGUUCAACCUGCUGUUUGAUCAGGAGAACAACUGUCUUCAUUGUACUAUUCACAAGGCAAAGUUUUUGCACAAGGCGUCAGACCUCUUCCUCUCAACCAGUAGCAUGUUCGCCACUAUACUCUCCACAGCUUGUCAGUUCAACACAAAAUCAUCUCACGGCACGACAACGACAUGCUAG